CGCUUCUGAAACUUUUCACGAAUUGUCGAUGUGACGCACCAAUCAUCUUGCGACAGUUUGACCUUUAAGUGCUUGCAACCUCCAACAGUGGACGAUACCCCUGAAGCGUUGCCUACGACUUCCGACCUUAUUCAGCAAUGUUUAGGAAUCAGUAUGAUCACGACGUUUCAAUAUGGAGUCCACAAGGACGAAUUCAUCAAAUCGAAUAUGCUAUGGAAGCUGUAAAGCAGGGUUCAGCAGCAGUCGCCCUGAAGAAUCAUGACUACGCCAUAAUUGUUGCCCUUAAGAGAGCACCAUCUGAGCUCUCUUCCUACCAAGAAAAAAUCAUUCAAAUAGAUGAUCAUGUUGGGGUAGCGAUCUCGGGUUUAACUGCUGAUGGCCGACUUCUUAGUCGUUCAAUGCGUCGUGAGUGUGCAGAUAGCAGAUGGGCCUACGAUGAGCCAUUACCAAUUUCACGUCUGCUAUUUAAGAUAGCUCUCAAGAUGCAAGUUCCUACUCAGAGAUAUGGUCGACGACCUUUCGGAGUUGGUAUGCUAGUCACUGGUUGUGAUGCCUUGGGACCACAUGUUUACUACCUGGUAAGUUAUACAUUAGAAGACUAGCAAUAUGGUAUAAACAUAUGAAUGCAACGUGGUAAUUACUUAUGUCAACUUAUGUCGUCCCACAACAUAUUCACCAGUAAACAUACACAAGCGAAUUCUGUAUCAAGCGUGUAUUCUCUAAAAGCCUAAUAUGUCGAACGUAUUUUAGUUAAUAUGUUCGUUUUUAGAUUUUUUAUCUGGUGAAGAGUCUAAAUAAUUAACGCGAAUAAUUUUUCCCGGAUUUUCUCAAGAGGGCUUUUAGGAGUUUGGAUUCGUAGAUGUUUUUUCAAAAUAUUUGAAUCAUAGGGACCUUUAAUCUGUCCCAGGAUGUUGGUAUUCUCCACUGAUAAUCCAUUUGGAAAAUCUUCGUAAAUGAGAACGUUAUCCUUAAUUAUUCCAGGUAGAGUAUUCUCGUCUUCAUGCUUUGUACCAAAGCUUAUGAUACUACCCGCUUAGAUUUAUCCACCCAAGUUAUCAACUUACGUCCUUCUAGUCAUAGUGUUACUGAUUCGCUUAAAAGUCGUUGGUGUGUGGUUAAACAUUGUCUUUUUGAGUUCGCUAUAAUUCAUCCCUCACCUAAUACGUACGUACGUCAUAUAAACAGUUGAGUUUACGUUUUAGUUAAUGUGAGGUUUAAUCAGUUGGUAUUUUAUCAUAGCUUCAGAUUUACAACCUUUUUCUCUUAAGUGUCCAUCCUCAAACGCAUACGAUUGCAAAUGCAUAGCCAUUGGUUCUCGCUCUCAAUCAGCUCGUACUUACUUGGAACGACAUUUAGAUGAAUUUAAAGGUUCAUCUUUGGAUGAUUUGAUUUGUCAUGGAUUGAAGGCUUUAAACAGCACGUUGCCAAAUGAAGUUAGUUUGAAUAUGAAGGUGAGUUUAUUUUCAUCAAAACCGAUCCCAUGAAUGUUUUCUGACAUCAAACUCAGCCCAGUCUUCCUCAUUUUCGGGAAUUAGCUAGUAUAUUGAUUCCUACAAAGUAUGAUUUAUACCCAAGCGCCCAGUAAAUGAGUCUAUCUACUUAUAUUUACCAAGUUUGGAUACAUUUGAGGAAGACGUGUGUGCCAUUAAAUCCAAGAGUCAGGUCACUGAAGAUUUUUAUGGUGUUCAUCGCCAAGUUUACUAGUAUAUUGACCAUUAAAAAAAAAGCAAAAUGGCACACUUUAUAGUUUAUUUUAUUGUAUAUUUAUUUGAACACAAAUAUUGGUACAAGAGGGCACCAUAUAUAUAUGCGCCACACAAAGCAAUGAAAAUGGGAAGAGAAAAAAAGAACGAUAACGACUAAAUUAGUGUAAGGUAGUUUAAUGAUAAUAAUGGGGAGACGGAAUGUUACAAUCAGAAGAAAUCUUUCAGUUAAGGAAGAUACAACCACUUUUUAUGAAGAAAGUAAACGAAAUUUACAGCAUGAUCGCCAGUGACUUCUAUUCUGAGCCAUAUCUGAUAACGUUUCUACCCACUGUGUAGCACCAUCUCUCGGACCCCAGCCAAGGAGUCGUGAAAGACUAACAGAAGCCAGCCCUUUUUAGAUUUCUUUCAUAUCCCGACACCACGUCAUACACUGACCAAUCGUUGGUCACCGGCUACCAUGGGACUGCAUUUCCUCACGAUGCUCCACUGCCUUGUGGGUCAGGCCUUUAGGUCAAAGGCUCGGGGUGUGGCCUCCUAAGGAAACCGCCUGUUUCGGUCUGGGCACCCGGGCAGUAUCACAGCACACAUACAAAUAAAAUGAGAAUGACACUUUAUAGUCUCAUUACAUGAUUCAUCGGCUUGAAGCUAGUCGAAGUCUAGUUAGACAUUGUUUUCCACUAAUUCCUAGGUCAAUGGUUGCGGUCCGCGUGACUAUCGUAACCAAUGGUUGGAAACUCUUGGUGACGUGGCUCAGAAUCGAUCACAAUGGCGUCGGUGUAUACACUCUCUGUCUUCCCUUAAACUAAAAGAUUAAAAUCACUUCAUUCUUUCUUCCUGCACCAUAUCCUUAUCGCAAUCUUCCCUUUAUAUAUUACCACCUCUGAAUUAACUACUUUUAUGAAUCCGGUGUCCAUCUUGUUGUGUUAAUGAGGUUUGGCAACUUGGACCGAUGCAUAUAUGUGCCUGGUCCUACGUUGUAGCUGACUGACUGACAAUGGUAGUAUCUAAGAAAUUGUUGGAGCAAUGAUUUAUGGUAAUAUUCUAGUAUGUUGUAAAGGUUUUCCAUCUACAUGAAAUAAUAUCGUCCAACAUAUUUCACCACUCUAUGAAUUGAUUUGUUUGACGCUUCUCAGAUUUUGUGUACUGUCGAACAGGAGUAAAAUUGACAAUCUUCAAUACCAGAUACGUCUUUCACUCCUAACCCCAGCUAUUCAAAAAAAUCUUUUAGGAGAAGCAUAAUAAGGUUGAUUUACAUCCAAGUUAGUUCAAUUACAUAUCGAUCAAAUGUCUGAUUACCGACUACAAAUUUACCGUCUGAGCAAUCAUCUCUUGAGCAUAAAAUCAGUGAAUUUAUGUAUACAAUAAAAAAGUACUAAAAAUCAAAUAACUAAUUUCAGACCGAAUGAAUUAAUACAUAAAGUUCCACUGAAAAUAUAAUACUGUACUACGCAAAUGUAAAGACUGGUUUUACCAUAAAGCGUUAUAUUUGGAGGUUUAACAUUUUCAUCACAGACGUCGAUCAUUAUAUGAAACCUUGAUAUGUUUUCAUUUUAACACGCACUUAAUUUAUCGCGUUAUUCACUGCCUGGUUUGUAUUCCUAGGAUUGCUAACACAUUUGUACCUGGCUCUACGUUGACCAUGAUUGAUUGCGUGGCUUCUAGGCCUUCAUCAGUCAGCCAUUCAUUUCCGAUUCCACUAAAUUAUCUCUUAAAUACUUACGCGCUGCUUAAAUUCCUAAAUUAUUUAUUGUUCGGAUAUACCUAUAGUCCAAAUACAAAAUUCCUCACUGCUGAUGGUUUUAGUAAACACUUUGUAGCCCGCUGAUCUGACUUCGACUUAGAUGGAUGUAUGAAUAUACUAUGAACAUAAAUCUCCCAUUUAGUUCUGUUUAUUACCUAGGCUUACCCCGUUUGCGUGACGGUGGUAAUAAGAAGCCAAAUACGGGUUGCGCUGGAGGGAUUUAUUUUAAGCAUUCGUCUAUCCAGACAGAAGCGAAGGCGAGUGAGCCAACUUGUUUUGAUCAAGCGUGUUUCGACAUUUAUAGUCAGACAAAAAUAAGUUACUGAUAUGUGGUAAGUAGGAUGAGUAAUGUCCUCACAUACGUCCAUCUAAUAACAGUCAAGGUUAAUAAGCGAAUAAUUAACAAGGUCAGAAUGUAAGUCAAGAAGAAUGAAUAGAUUGGUUUGUCCGAAAGCUAGAAUAACUCAUAUGGGCUUGAAAUGGUACUAGACACUACACAGAGAUAGAUUUGCUGAAUAUACUUCUACCUAAGUCACUCACGUUCAAACACUAAGUGACUUAAAACGAUUCGCGAACACUACUACACUGAAGGACUUCAGUGUUUAUAACUGAUAUCUAAUCUUUAGUAUAUGUCCACAUACAGGAUUGUAAAUGAACCCUAAAGUGCCACUACGAACACCGUCAAGGUAGGAGGUUGAUAUGGCUUGCGAAUCUAGACAAAUGAUAUUAAGAUACUUUGUCUCAACUAACCGCAUAUGAUUUUGCAAUUUCUUCCACUGUUGUUAUGAGAUGAAUUCAAAUAAUCAUUUAAUACCAAUGUCAGCUUUUCUUUGUGCGUCGCCUUUUCUACGUUCUUUACUGUCUAGCGCCCCUUAACCAGUUCAUUUCACUGUACAUAAUAUGGUUACGAACGAGAAUGAGUUUAGAACAAAAUCAAUUCCAAAUGAAACCGAAACAAAAUGUGCAGAGAAAAAAAGCAUAAGAGUUUGUGUAAAAUUAAAGAUGCUUCAAGUACUUGGUCUUUUCAACCAGGGUUGACUAGUUAGCAAUGCAUCAGCAUAUUUAAACUUGGGUCUCAUUGAGCGUGCAGGCUAAAAUGUAAUGAGUCAGUCCUACCAAUACAACUAUUAAGAUAGUAGUCGAUUUUCUCUAAUCUGUUAGUAAAUAUUUUUCACUCACAAAAUAAUUGUAUUGACAAAAUAUAAACAUUCUCUAUAAUAUUUUGACUGAUACUUUAACUCUUCUACAUAAUUAUGUGUGAGUCCCGAAACUCGAAUAUCAUUUACGUUGGAGUAGUUAGAAUCAUUCAAUCUCCCAUAUAUCCAAAGUUGAUGGUUUUAUUCUACUACUGUAAUUAACACAUGAUAGAAACUUGUAACUCAAUGAUUGAAAGUCUAAUAGUUUUAUGAACUGUCUUAAUUUCAGUAGCAUUACAUUUAGUGAUUUUAUAUACUACAGUAAAAAUAUGAAUUUUCAUAUCUUAUUUGAUGUCUUAGAAUUGUUCACUUGCUAUAGUUGGAAAAGACAUGAAAUUCACAAUAUUUGAAGAUGACGAUAUUGAUCCAUAUUUGAAGUUAUUCGAAGCUACUCAAGCGGAUGCACCAACUAUCUCCGAUUCCGGUCCUACUCCAAUGGAACAGGAUCAGUCUGCGUUGUAACCGGCUAUCUAUGUAUAUGGAAUUGUUUAUGUACUGAUGAUCUAACGACUAUGCUGAGUCCUAACUUGUUUUUAUUUUCGAUUUGUAAAAAUAAGAAGUUAAUAAAGUUGAGUUAUGAAAUUCAUAUGUUUUCUUCCUAAUAUUUUCUUUUUAUUUAGAAAACAGUUUUGCCAAAUAUGUUUGAUAUUUUCUUAAACUUAUGUAGAGAAUUUUUGAUAUCUUGAAGUUUUAGCUUAAACAUUGUGUUUAUUAAACAGAGACUGUGAUAUUCAACUGGUUUGUGUUGAACUAGCUUAGUUUAAAGUUACUGGAUAAAGAUGACAAAUCCAAUAAUAAGUUUUUAAACCUCUAUCGACUGACAUGACUGGAACUUAUGUGUUCCUUGUAACCAUCCACUAGCUAACUUAAUGAUUAAUGAUGGUUGAUACAGGAGUUGGUUGAUAAAAAGGUAGUGGCUUUCAAAGCAAAACAGUAUCAGUCUGCUACAUUUUUGGCUGAUCCGUUUUGAUAGACACAGACGAUCUGUAUGUAGUCACCACAAUAAACAUGAUGAAAUUACUACAACAUUAGAAGACAUUUGGUCCAGGCGAUCUACUUUCCGUUCUUUUCAAAGACGGGAUAGUCUUUUGAUCAGGGAACUAAGUCGAUUGUCUAAAAUAUCUAUAUUUAGACUAAACCAUCGUACUUCACUGAAGUUUUUUCUUUCCUAGUUUCAAGCAGGGUUUGCGUGAUACACCUAAUUAGUGAUAAUUGCUGACUUUGUUUUAUAAAACAAUGAAUCGACCUGCAAGAACUCAUAUUGCGAAUACGUUAGUGAUCUUCCCACUCCCUCAGGUUUCGAUCCUCAAAUUUUCUAAUUCUCAUCAAAUAGACAGCUUUUAAUCUAUUAAAUAGUACUAUUCUCUGGAAUCGCUUGUCGAAGAGAAAACACCCUAGGAAUUUCUCUACGAAUGACAGGAGUGUGCAAUCAAUCUUACAUUGCUUCCAAAUAAUGGAUGUGUUUGGAUUGUUCAGUGUUGUCAUUCCUAUCUAGUUCUCUCGUCUAUAACUUCCUCAAAACAACUGAGAAAGCUGUACAGUGGUUUGAAUCUGUUGUUUAAUAGAAAAUCUUCAACCUUGAAAAUACGGUUGUAAUUGUUUCACUAUGCGAUCCCAUAUAAGCUAAUUACUACACACUUAAUUAUUCAGCAACCAUUGCUUGUAGGUACCGUAUGUAAGUUUUACCAUCAAUGUGAAAUAAUUUUAAAAAACCUGCAGAGGCCUAUGCCUUCACUUACUUUUUGUAACGAGUUGUUUGGAAUAGUCAAGGAGUUCAUGCUAGUGUGGUAUUGCUUGGGGUAGUAAAGGCAGAAGAGAUGUAGAGAAGUCUCAUUCACCUUCGAAUUCAUCAUUAUGUGAAUCGGAAAGUUUUGGUUCAAAUGCACAGACAUAUCAAAAACUGCCUCAAGUUAUAAAUAUAGACUGCUAGAUGUCACCUCAGUGAUUUAAAUGUUAAACGCUUGUCUGAAGGUCUCAAGUUCGAUCCCUGGUGCGAUCGUGAAUAUUCACUGAUGUAGAAUCCCUUACUAGCACUUAGCAUUUGUUUAGUUCUUCCUGAGUCAGUUUGUGAUUCGUUGUUUUUCAAAUUCAACAGCCUCUAAAAUACCUCAUGAUCACAAUCGUUUUACUAAUACUAAUGUAUUGUAGUCAAUAAUACACAUGUAAAGCGUAAGAUAAAUGUUUUCACUAUUGCACCUCCAUCGAGAGUUAUAUUUACACUGACUUGGUGAAAACAUGGGGGAAAAGUAAAAGUUUUAUACUGUAAAAACCGAGUCGUUUUUGUCUACAUACAUGUGCUACACAAUCAGUGUAAAUUUAAGAUUUCUCAAAGUCCGAACUCUGCAACUCCGUAUAGGUCCGUCUACUAGCUAGUGAUUAUUAGGUGUACUACCGAGCUGACGAUGAAGUGGUCAUGUGUCCUCUAGAUCAUUAUAUGCCCAUUCUCAGAUACUAUGCAUUGAAGCAAAGUAAUAUUCUUAACUUGAAUAUUUACUCGGCUUGUGUCAGUUCGUUGUAAAAUUUUAAAUAAUACUCUAUAAUUCAGUUUUACAAGCCUCCCUUACAGUCCCCAUGCAGCUAUUGUACUUAUUCUAGAGACAAUUCUCCACAUUUGUACUUGUUCAGUGUAGUUUCUUCGGCAAAAUGUAUUCAUUCUAAAGGUUAAGAGUUUCUGUAGUCAGUCUUUAUAUUCAGUAUACUGUUAUGUAACCCGUGAUCAUUUCAUAAAUAAACUGAUUAUUUGACUGAGUUAUGUAGGCAGCUGCAGGCUACCUGGUUAGAAUCUGUGUGAUUAUCGUAACCAAUAGUUAAAGACUCUGUAACAUGAUUCGGAAUUUUCGCGAUAGCACAGAUGCAUUCAAUAGUUAUAUUCCCUCAAAUUCCAAGAUUUUGAAUAACCUUAUGAUUAUGUUUUUUUAAGUACCACGAAUCCAUAUUUUAUGUAAUCGUAUCUUAGAUACCCAGUCUUUUCAACUACCAUUAAUGUUGUCACUACCUCUUCUUCCCUGGGAUUUGUCUCUAUAAUUCCAUCUCUCUGUGCAGAUAGACUGUCGGCUUUUAGCGAUAUACACAUGUUCCAGGUUCUAUGUUGUAUAUGACUGAUUGUAUAAGCUGGCAAUGAAGUAACUUCCUACUGUAAAGACAAUUUAUUUGAUUUAGUGAACAAUUUUUACUUGAAAUUUUAAUUUUAAUACCACAGUAGCUAACUUCUCGUUUCCUGUUUUCUCUCUACGUUUUCAGGCCUAUGUAACUAGUACUCAAUUUUGUAAUUGGCAUUUUUCUCCUUCAGAAUUAGUUAAUCUUCGUUCAGAUUGUAAUACAACUGCUCUUAAACGAUUACAAUCAAUUAAAGAAGUAGAAAUUAAAAAUACCAAUGAAAAUGUAAACAAUACAUUAACUGUUGUUGGAUUAGAUCCUGAUCAAGAAUUUAAAAUUAUUAAACAUUAUGUAUAUUUAAUGAAAAUUUUAUUUGAUAAAUUUACAACACCUCAGUUACCAAAUGAAGUAUAUGGUUUUGCUGCAACCUAUUUUAAACGUUUUUAUCUUAAUCAUUCUGUAAUGGACUUUUAUCCACGUGAUAUAAUGUUAACAUGCUUGUACGUUGCUUGUAAAGCUGCAGAUUUCCCAAUUGGUCUUCAGACUUUCAUUUCGCAUAUCCCUAGAAAUCAAGAGCGAUAUAGUUAUCUGGUUCUCAAUUCUGAACUUUUUUUGAUGGAAUCACUGGGUUAUGAUCUGUGGGUGUAUACACCGUAUCAAGCGUUAACUGGAUUUGUUAUCGACUUAGUAGCAUAUCAGAGACGAAUUUGUGGUGCACGUUCUGAUUCCUAUCUUUUAGAGAAUCGAUCCGAUGCUCAGCUCGUUGAUGAGUUAUGUAAGGACGGUGUAAAUUUAAUAAAUUUAUGGUAUCAAACUGACUUGUGCCUCACAGCUCAUCCAAGUCAGUUCGCUCUUGCUGUCCUAGUGGAACUUGGACAUACUCGGCCUCAGUUGGAUGUAGAAGUUUUCGUCAGAGAUGAACUAUGUGGUUGUGACCCAGUACAGAAGUUUAAACAGCAUUCUGAAGAGGAUGAUGGUGACGAAGGAGACAUAAAACCCAAGAAGGAUACCAAAUGUGACCCUGAAACUCGUUGGCAGGAACUGUCUAGUCGUUUAGAUUCUAUCCGUCAAACAAUCGAUGAAUUUCAGUUUAUUACUGACUUAGGACCUGUUGGUGAAGAAGAAGUAAUUUUAGAUGAAUGUCGAAAUCCCCUGUAUAAUAUUGAAUCUGACGAGUAUGCGCAAGCUAAGUCAAAAGCGGAUAGCCUAAUGGCUACGCUUGAAUAAUAGUAAUAGUCGUACCUGUACUGUAUAUAUACCAUGUAUAAUUCACGUUUACUUUUCUGUUUUGGAAAUUGUGUGUAAUUACAGAUUUUAUUCUCUAGUUUAUCUUUUGUCCUGAAUAUCUAUUUCUUAUAAAUUCUACCUCUCGUAAACUCAGUUUAUUAUUCCUUUUUCCUUUUGAGUAAAGCAGUGUCAGCUUUAGGGAUCAACGAAUUUCCGUUGGUCGCUUUCGUAACGUACUGUGCUCUUUGUUUCAUGAAGUCCAAUUUUGUGACAGUCGCUGGACGAUAGCUAUGUUUCCUGAAAUUCGAUAAUAAACCUUCAGCUAAAACGUACCCAUAAGCACGUUGAUAAGGACAUCUGACAUAACAGACAGGUCGGUCUUCCAAUAACUGACAGAUGAAUGACGCUAGCCACUGUAGUUCUCUCCAAGACUUGUCAAAAUCUAGCCCGUUCGUGGACGAACAUAUGUUGACAAUCCGAAUUUAAGUGUCUUUAGUCUCGAUUUUCUGACCAAGAAGUUGGGAAUUUCGUUAAAAGAAGUAACCAGCUACAAAAUAUCUUGAUACAUCACAUUUUGUAUGUGGUUUGGUUUGCCUUUACCAUUUUGUACUUAGAAACAAUCCUCAUAAUCUUCUGAUCAGUCAUGACAGUCUUCAUUGUCAGUAUAUCCCGUUGAUAUACCGAAUGAUUAACAACCACUCAGCACUCAUGUAGUAAUUUGUCUUCAGUAGAACCCCAGAAACAAGCUAAUUAUGAGUUUCGGUCUAUGAUCUUAACUAUCACAAAAGAAGGAUUUGUGUGGCAAACGUGUUGAAAGAUUAGCUUUAUUUCUCAGACUGGACCGUACAGCUAAAAACUUGAAGAGGCCGAAUGGGCUUGUUGCGGCUGUGCAGUGGAUAUUUUUGGUAAACAAUGAAACAUAGUUUCACUUGCUUCCCAAGUUUCCUUUCUAAAAUACGGUAGUGUCUUCUGAUGUAGCGGCUGUCGUAAGUAUUGGGCGACGAGUACUUGGUCGUAGUCUUCGAAUUUCGUCACCAAAAAUCGUCGUCCAAGCACCUAUCAUUUUUGCCUACUGCAGGACCAGUAUAUCCAUAGGCUUAUGGUAGUGAGAUCCGUAGCGAAUGAUUUAGCUACAUUCAGCUCUAAGUGACUUGAACCAAUAGUAAGAGGGGUCUCGUGUGUCAAAUAUAGAGAGCUUUAGCAGGUUAUGUGAUGCCACUGAAGAUCUUAUUAAAACCGAUGUAUAGAAUUAUCACUGACUGACCAACCCCACUUUGCUGAGUAAUUUGGUCAAAAGUCAAGUGCUAUGUGAAGCAUGAUCGUAUAGUUAUGGACUCGUGCCAAAGUGGGCUAAUUAGGCUUGCAGAAAGUGAAAAUGGUAACAGCUAUUUGUGGAUGAUUCUUGACAGCACAGGUUUCAAGGUAAUGACCCUAUAGUUUGCAAUAUUUCUAGGUGGUCCUGUUUUGAAUCUGGGGAUGAUAAGCUGUGUUUUCCAUACAAACGGAUAGACUUCAUCGUCCAUAGAUUGGACAGUUCUAAACAGAAUAAUAGAAAAUCUGUACUACCGCAUUUCAUGGAUUAUGCAGGGACCCCAUCAGGUUCACCGUCAUAGGAUAUUUUUAGGGCUGUUAUGGCAUUUUGAUGUUGGUGAAUAUGGAAUCAACAGUAUAUGGACGCUUAGAUGUUAUCGUUGGAAGCGUACUGAUAAGAGUUUUAUGCUGUAGCAUUGCGAGAAAUGGCGGCUGAAUUAUUCACAAAUAGUAUCAGGGUCGUCAACAACUCUGCCGUUAACUAUGAAGAAUCUGGUUGUGACAAAGGAAUUCGAUUUCACAUGGGAUUUGGAAAGCCGAAGUACUGAUAGCUCUAAGGCUUUAUCCUACAUAGAUAUAAGAUACUUGCAUUGAGAUGAAUCAUCUCUGCCAGUCAAGUUAAGCAUACUUCGUAGCCCAUACACGUAAUUGUGCAUGUACUAGCUCUGCUUCAAUUUCCUCAGCUUUCUCUUAAAAAUAUGUUGGCCUCUGUUAGCAUUAUAAACCACAUGGUCGACAACUGCCUGCCUUGGCACAUUGUUGGAGCUUUAGAGUUCAAUGAUAUAGUGUUUGGAGAAUGAAUAUCACUCACCACGACUCUGUGAUCACUCACAAAAAAUCCAUCAAUGACGUGCACUGAGGUAGGGUUGAUAUUGAUUGCAAACAUUUGAUCAAGUAUAUUAUUCCUUAUAGUCGGCUUUCGAACGUGUUGGACCCAUCCACAAAGAACUACCAUUUCAACUAACUUGAUAUAUCGUCCCAGUACCUAGGUCGAAUUCCAUUUAAUGUCCGGCAGAUCACCUCCGAUGAUUUUAAACGUAUGCAGUUGGUGAGAAACAAUUAAAAAUAUGUUUGUAAACAGUUUGUCAAAGUAUCCACGUGGGGUGUGUAGAAUCCAAAAUAAGGUUUGGACUGGAAAAUAACUGUCUAGGUAGUUUAAAUACGUUCUAUUGCUCAGUUGAAACCAAAACAAGGUGAUUUUGUAAAUGACGGUUCUAGAUUUCGUCAUAAGUAGGAAUGUACAUCAUUACCUAAACAAAUAUUACCACUGAGUUACUCAACCAAUAAUUGUUCAAUUAAUCAAAUCUAAAUUACAAUAAAUGAACAAGUUGAUAAAGGAUGUUACACACUUCCUUAUGUAACUCUCAAGGGACUACUUUCAGACCAUGUAAAGUGUACAAAUUUUGAAUGAUGUGAAGGAUGAAAAUUUCAUAAAAUGGUUCGUCAAAACAUCAAGAAUUUCACUACAUUACUACGUCAUUCCAAUCUAAUGUGUAUUCAAGUUUAUGCAGGUAAAAUCUUAUUAAGGAGUUGCGAAGAUGUGCACAAGUUUGGUAGAUGUUUGUCCUGUUUAAAAUUUUAUCCAUGUAGUUCCUGUGUAUUUCGUAAUGAUAAAU